AUGAAAUUAUCUUGUUACUAUAUUAUGUUUUUAUUUAUAUAUAUAAUAAAUUAUGUUAGUUGUGAAGAGUAUAAAAUAAACAAAGAAGAAAAAAAUGGAAAACAUAAUGAGGAACAAGAAAUUGAAACAUACAAUAUUAAUAAUCAUGACAAUAAAAAUAAUGAUAAUAAUAAAAUUGAUAGCAAUAAUAAAGAAGAUUAUAUAAUUAAAUUACUUUCAAGUCAUAAAGACAAAGAUAAUGUGAACAAUGAAAUAAAUUAUUUUGAAAAGGAUAAUAUAAAAGAAGAUAAUAAAUAUUAUAUCGAAAAUAAUAAUAAUAAUAAUAAUAAUAUACAAGAUAAAGAUAAUAUACCACCCUAUGUUGAUAAGAAUGAAUAUAUUGAAGAAGGAAGUGAGAAAGUCAGUAAUCAAAAUGUUAAACAAGAACAAGAUAUAAAAGAAGAAAAACAAAAUGGAAAUGAUCUAGAUGAAAGUAAAAAGCAAAAAGAAAAAGAAGAAGAUACAAAGCAUCUAAUAGACAAUAAAAAUGAUGAAGUUUAUAAAGUUCAAGAAAUUAAGAAAGAAAUGGAAUCUGUUGAAAAAAGGGGUAUUUACCCUGAAAAUGAAAAUGAAAAUGAAAAUGAUAAGGUUGAUAGACAUGAAGAGGGACAAAAAAAGGAAGACACAAAUGAUAUUCAUCGAAUGGAUGAAAAUAAAGAAGAAAAAAAAGACAUCGAAAGAAAGGAUGAAAAUAAAGAUGAUAUGAAAGACAUUGAACAAGAAGAUCAAAAUAAAGAUGAUAUGAAAGACAUUGAAAAAGAAGAUCAAAAUAAAGAUGAUAUGAAAGACACCAUUAAAGAUGAAACAAAAGACAUUGAAGAAGAAGAUCAAAAUAAAGAUGAUAUGAAAGACUCUGAACAAGCAGAUCAAAAUAAAGAUGAUAUGAAAGACACUCAACAAACAGAAAUCAUUAAAGAUGAAACAAAAGACACUGCAGAAGCAGAUCAAAAUAAAGAUGAUAUGAAAGACACCAUUAAAGAUGAAAUAAAAGACAUUGAAGAAGAAGAUCAAAAUAAAGAUGAUAUGAAAGACAUUGAACAAGAAGAUCAAAAUAAAGAUGAUAUGAAAGACACUCAACAAACAGAAAUCAUUAAAGAUGAAACAAAAGACACUGCAGAAGCAGAUCAAAAUAAAGAUGAUAUGAAAGACACCAUUAAAGAUGAAAUAAAAGAUUCUUAUCCAAUGGAUGAUAAGAAAGAUGGGGCGUCGUGUGAAGAAGAAAAGAAAGUUAUUAUGUCAGAAAUAAAAACCAUUAAAGAAGAUUUAGAUAACUGCAAUAUAAUAAAUAUGAAGGAUAAAAAUGAAUGUGAUGUAAAAGUAAAUGAAAGUGAAAGAAAAUUAAAUCUAUGUAAAGAAAAGGCAUUGAAAUACAAAGGAGAAAUAAAAGGGAUAAACCAUAAGUGUGAUGAAAGGUUAGAUAGAAAAAAUAAAGAAAUGAUAAUAUUACAAGGAAUUAUAAAUAAAUUAGAAAAUAAAAUGGAUGAAGAUAAAAAAAGUGACAAUAAAAAUAUCCAUGAUAAAAUAAAAGAAAGUGAAGAAAAGAGAAAAGAGGUUCCUAUAAACAAUAAGAAUAUUAAAGAUAAUAUUAAUAGUAGUGAAAAGAAUGUACAUCAUGAAGAUUAUAGUCAUCAUAAUAUAUAUCGACAAGAAGAUAAUUAUUUAAUUUCAUAUGAGAUAUUAAAAAAUUAUUUUGAGAAAAUAUUCGAAAUAUAUAAAACAUUAUAUAUUAUAACAGUAGAAAAAACAUUUCUUUCCAUAUUUGUAAAUAAUAUAUUAUAUUGUAAAGAUUUCAUUAUACUAUUUACAAAAAAAUGUGUAAGUGGUAGUGUAGAUAUAAUAUAUAUAUGUUAUAGAUUUUUUGGACAUCAUUAUAUAAUAAGUUAUAUUAUUCAAUUAUUUGAAAAUAGUUUUUUAUAUAAAUAUUAUAAUUUUUUUAAAAUAAAAAUAAAUAAUAUAAAAUUAAUGUUUGAAAGUUGUUUGUCAACAUUAAUAAGUGAGAAUAAACCUAAAGUGAUGACAUUGAAAAAUAAUAUUCAGAAGAAUGUAGAUGUGUUUGUUCAUAAGUUGAAUGAUAGUUCAGAAAAUUUAGUAAAUCAUAUAAAUACAAUAAAUCCACAUGUCAAAGGAAUUAUUCCUCCCAGUUUAUCAGAUAAAAUAAUAUUAUUAAUAUUUUUUACUAUUAUCAAUGUAAUACAUAUAUAUAUAUUAUUUUGUUUAUUAUUUAUAUUAUACGAAUUUUUAAAAAGAGCUACAAAAUUUACAAUGAAAUGGGGAUCCUUAAUAAUUCGUCAUGUUUAUUAUUUCAUCUUUUUUUUUCUCACAAUACCUGUAAGACCAUGUAUGAGAAAAAGACCAGGAAAAGGACGUAGAGGAUAUAGAAGACAUGAUGAUUUUAUAUAUAGCAGUGAUCGUAUGAAUAAUAAUUAUGAACGAAUAAAUAGUUUUGAUAGGAAUGCUAGCUAUGAUUAUAAUAGAAAUGGUUAUGACGAGAAAGGUAAUUAUGAUAGAAACUAUGACAGAAACUAUGAUAGAAACUAUGACAGAAACUAUGAUAGAAACUAUGAUAGAAAUUUUGAUAGAAACUAUGAUAGAAACUAUGAUAGAAAUUUUGAUAGAAACUAUGAUAGAAAUUUUGAUAGAAACUAUGAUAGAAAUUAUGAUAGAAACUAUGACAGAAAUUUUGAUAGAAACUAUGACAGAAAUUUUGAUAGAAAUUAUGAUAGAAACUAUGAUAAUAACCACGGUCGUACUAAUGAUCGUAAUAAUGAUCGUAUUAAUGAUCGUACUAAUGAUCGUAAUAAUGAUCGUAUUAAUGAUCGUACUAAUGAUCGUAAUAAUGAUCGUAAUAAUGAUCGUACUAAUGAUCGUAGUCAUGAUCGUAAUCACGAUCGUAAUCAUGAUCGUAGUCAUGAUCGUAGUCAUGAUCUUACAUAUAAUAAUAAUGAAUCAUAUGAUAAAUCUGAAGAAUUAACAAUGAAUAAUUCAGAAUUAAAAAAAACGAAAACUUCAAAUAUACACGAGAGAAAGCAUUGA